GCAGCGUCGAGCCCUGUUGAGUAUUUCGUCUCCCUUCAUGGGCUGAAGAGGCCUUCUCCUGAGCUGACCCCGAGCCGCAGGCCAUGACCUGGGACGUUUCCGCUUUAAAAUGAAUUUAUCAGACAAAAUGACCGACUUUGCAGACCAAACCCGCUAUGAUUACGUCAACAGCACCUCGGUGUCCCACGUGGGCAACGGGACUUUUAGAGACAUUCAGGAGAUCAUCCACACGGCCACCCUGGUCACCUGCACCUUCCUGCUGGUAAUUAUAUUCUGUCUGGGCUCCUACGGGAACCUGGUGGUCUUCUUGUCUUUCUUUGACCCGGCCUUCAGGAAAUUCAGGACCAACUUUGACUUCAUGAUCCUGAACCUGUCCUUCUGCGACCUCUUCAUUUGCUGCAUUUCGGCUCCGAUGUUCGCCUUCGUCUUAUUUUUCGACACCGGCAGCAACGUCCCCGACACCUUCUGCUUCACUUUCCAUCUGACGAGCUCCGGAUUCAUUAUUAUGUCCCUUAAGACAGUGGCUGUGAUCGCUCUUCACCGGCUAAGGAUGGUUCUUGGACAACAGCCCAACCGGACAGCCUCGUUCCCUUGCACUUUGAUGCUGACCGUCCUCUUGUGGACUACAAGCUUUACACUGGCCACGUUAGCCACGUUAAGGACACGCAGGUCUAGGAUAUGCCUUCCUAUGUACAGCCUGAUCAGCGGAGAGGGUAAAAUCAUCUUGUACCUGUACGUCAUCGAUUUCACCUUUUGUGUUGCGGUGGUCUCGGUGUCCUACAUCAUGAUAGCCCAGGCGCUCCGGAAGAACGCGCAGGUGAGGAAAUGCCCGAUCAUCACGGUCGACAGCACCAGACCGCAGAAUUUUAUUGGCCCCGGCGUGGACGGGGUGCAGUGCGCCGUGCCCGCUUUAUACAGGAACCAGAAUUACAACAAACUCCAGCACGUCCAAACCCACGCCUACACCAAAAAACUCAGCCAGAUGCCGGCGCCGGCCAGCAGAAUGCAGCUGGUCUCAGCCGUCAACCUCUCCGCAGCGAAGGACUCCAAAGCCGUGGUGACCUGCGUGGUCAUCGUGCUCUCCGUCUUGGUUUGCUGUUUGCCGCUCGGCAUCUCUUUGGUCCAAGACGUCCUAACGAGUAACAGCAGCUACAUCCUCUACCAGUUCGAGCUGUGUGGGUUUACUCUGAUAUUCCUGAAGUCCGGACUCAACCCCUUCAUCUACUCCCGUAACAGCGCCGGGCUGCGGAGGAGGGUGCUCUGGUGCCUCCAGUACGUCACCCUGGGCUUUUUAUGCUGCAAACAGAAAACCAGACUACGCGCCAUGGGCAAGGGAAGCCUGGAGGUGAACAGGAACAAGUCGUCUCACCACGAAACCAACUCGGCCUACAUGCUUUCGCCCAAGCCCCAGAAGAAGUUUGUGGACCAAGCGUGCGGCCCGAGUCAUUCCAAAGACAGCGUGCUGAGUCCCAAGGGGUCGGCCGGACACCAGCAUUAUGCGAACAGCAGCUCGACCCCCAUUAACACCCGCAUCGAGCCCUAUUACAGCAUUUACAACAGCAGCCCCUCCCAAGAUAUCAGCACCCCCAACAGCCUGCAGCCCGUCAACUCCACGUACGGCUUCGCCAAGUCCUACUUCGCCAUGCAUUACCACACCACCAACGACCUAAUGCAAGACUGCGAGAGCGCGUCGGCCAAGCAGAUCCCCGUGCCGUCCGUGUGACCGGCGCG